AUGGCCGACUCGGGCAGCGCGUCACCAGAGUUGGAGUUCUACCCGCAGUUCUGCUUCCACCUGUCGCCAACAGCAGGUCGUUGGUGUCACUUGCAGGCAACAGACAUUGCAGCCUUGACAUUCAACCCGGGUUUCGAAGGCCAAGAUGUCUACUUCUACCUCAACCAUCCCAUAAAAUGGGCGCGCAUUGCCGGCGUCGUGGUCGCCAUACAAGAAUUUGCCCACAGGAUAAUCUACACCAUUGACGACAGCAGCGGUGCGACCAUUGAAUGUGUUGUCGCAACCCCGCCCCAGUACCCAGCCGUUACCAACUACAAAAACCCUAGAGACCCCGAUACCUCAGCCGAUGGGAAGCCUCUUCCUAAAACCGAUGGGCCAAUUGAUAUCGGCCACGUAAUCGACAUCAAAGGUGGCAUAUCCGUCUUCCGCAAUGUGAGGCAAAUUCGCGCCGAGAAGAUCACCCAUCUACGCACGACAGAGCAGGAGGCAGUAUUUUGGCAGAAGAUUGCCUUGCUAAGGAAGGAGGUCUUGUGCCGACCAUGGGUGGUUGAUCCGAAGGAGGUCAGGAAGCUCAGGAGCGAAGAAAGAAGGAAGAGUCAAGAAAUCGAAGCUGACGGGGCUCGAGCGGGAAAGCAAGAGGAGGAAGCUCGAGGAAGACACAGUGGUGGAGGGAGAGGGUAG